UUAUUUCAGUAAUUUCAGAAAUGCUAUUGUCCCAUCACGUCCUGGCCUUGGCGGGCUCCCUCCUGGUCCUGAUCCAGUACGCAUGCGCGAGCGGCCCUGCCCGUCGGCUGUGUGGCAGCGCCCUCCCGCGGGAGCUCCGUGUCGUCUGCGCCGUCAACAAACGGUCCGUUCCCUCAGGGGAGGCGGGAACACGGGUUGUCAGGGACAACCAAGGUAGCCAAUCAUCGUCAACGCUGCUGCGCCUCCUUGCGGGUAAAGUAGGAAUCACACGAGUGCUCCGAUCGGCUCCUAAGCCCAAGAGCGCCACCAUGCAGUUUUAUGAAGAACUGCACAAACCAUUCCCGUCGAGAGACCGAUUGAACUUGUACGUUGACAUGGAUGAGGCGGGAAUUGUCCAAGCUGACGUCACCGAUGUCUACUCUGACGUCAUGACAUUGAGUCGUUCCCCGCGCAGGCGCAGACGAGCGGAAUGGCGUGGCCUGGCUUACCACUGUUGCGCUGUGGGAUGUGACGUCAAUGAUUUGGCGCGUGCGUGCUAGAG